CCGGCGGCCCGUGACCGGCCGCGUCAGGUGACGCGGGUCACGCCGCCGCCCCCGCCCCCGCUGCGCCGCGCCGCGCGCUCCGCCGAGCGCCGUGCGGGGGAGGGGAGCGGCGGGGAGCGGCGGCGAGGCACGGCGCCAGCGCGGCACCUGGGUGUCCCCCCUCCCCGACCCCCCCCCCCCCCCCCCCGCGGCUGAGGGGGCCCUCGGAGCCCCCGCCGGGAGCGCGGCCGGCAUGAGCCAGGUGCCGAGAAAGCUGCCGGAGGAGGAGGAGGAGGAGGAGGAAGAAGAGGAGGAGGAGGAGGAGGGCGACGAGGAGGAGGAAGAGGAGGAGGAGGAGAUCGCAGGCUUGGCGGGUUACGCCGACGGGGCCGAGUCCUCGGACGGGGACGCGGAGAGCGGCGGCGAUGAGGCGUUUUUGGAUUUCAAUGAUCCCUUCAGUACUGAAGUUAAGCCAAGAAUCCUGCUCAUGGGAUUGAGAAGAAGUGGAAAGUCUUCCAUUCAGAAAGUUGUCUUUCACAAAAUGUCACCGAAUGAGACUCUCUUCUUGGAGAGCACAAACAAGAUCUGCAGAGAGGAUGUUUCCAACAGCUCCUUUGUCAACUUUCAGAUAUGGGAUUUUCCUGGGCAAAUUGACUUCUUUGACCCUACAUUUGACUAUGAGAUGAUUUUCAGAGGCACUGGAGCACUGAUAUUUGUUAUUGAUUCUCAGGAUGAUUAUAUGGAAGCAUUAGCUCGGCUGCAUCUUACUGUGACCAGAGCCUAUAAAGUGAAUCCAGAUAUCAACUUUGAAAUCUUUAUCCAUAAAGUGGAUGGCUUAUCUGAUGAUCACAAGAUUGAAACGCAACGAGAUAUUCACCAGAGGGCAAAUGAUGACCUUGCAGAUGCUGGAUUGGAGAAGAUUCACCUCAGCUUUUAUCUGACAAGCAUAUAUGAUCAUUCUAUAUUUGAAGCGUUUAGCAAAGUGGUACAGAAACUGAUUCCACAGCUCCCAACACUGGAAAACCUGCUUAACAUCUUUAUUUCAAAUUCUGGGAUUGAAAAAGCAUUUUUAUUUGAUGUAGUCAGUAAGAUCUAUAUUGCAACGGACAGUACUCCAGUGGACAUGCAAACUUACGAGCUCUGCUGUGAUAUGAUAGAUGUUGUGAUUGACAUUUCUUGUAUAUAUGGGCUUAAAGAUGAUGGCACUGGAACUCCUUAUGACAAAGAAUCAAUGGCGAUCAUAAAACUGAACAAUACAACUGUCCUUUAUUUAAAAGAGGUGACAAAAUUCCUUGCUCUUGUUUGUUUUGUCAGAGAAGAAAGCUUUGAGAGAAAAGGAUUAAUAGACUACAAUUUCCAUUGUUUUCGAAAAGCCAUACAAGAAGUAUUUGAAGUGAGAAUGAAAGUAGUAAGAUCUCGAAAACAUCAAAGCCACGUGCAAAAAAAUAAAAGACCCACUCCCAAUGGGACACCAAGAAUGCCACUGUAACUGAGGUUUUUCUGUCAAAUGUGGCAAGCAAAGUUUUUGUGAAGUUGAUGUGACUUCUGCAUCUGAUUGCACUGAGUGAAGAGGAAAAUGAAUGGGACUGAUGUAUUAUAUGAAUUUUCCCUGAACGUUCAGAAAGCACUGUUUAAAUAUUUUUAUCCAAUCAGUUUUUUUCAUAUAGUGAGCACUUUGAGCAAAAUGUUGUAUAUAUAAGCAUUGAGGUGAACACUUGUAAGAAUUUUCUUAAUAUAUGCUGUAAACCUUUUUCAUGCCAUAUUAAGAAGAAACAGCUGUGACAGAAAUAAUGGGUACAUAAUUUGCACUUUUUCAUGUUUUCCUUGUGGAGUUGGACUUUGAUAAACUUAGUUUUUAUGGUGAUUCUGAUGCAUGGUGUCAGGUAAAAUGUAUGCUGUAGUUUAUUUACCUGCUACAAUCAAAUUGGUUAGUAAACAAUUAAGAAAACUUGGUACAAUGCCUUUUAAAAUUUGUGACAGCUAAUACCUAACAUUCAUACAGAUCUAAUUUCGUAUAUUUUUCAAUUUGUAAACUGAAGAAUAGUUUUGAAGUAUUACAGCAAUAAGUACCUUACCAGAGAUCAUAACUGGUAGGUAAAUAUUAGCUUUUAUAAAACAGGCUUUUGGCCAAAUUUCAUCCGGAAUUCUCCAUAACACUGGUCAUGCCCUCUGGGUCUGUUUUUAUUAUUUACCUCAGCAUAUACCACUAAAAUACCUUUCUAUAAAGAUAAUUGUUUUGUAAAAUGGCUCUAUGUUGCACUGGUAUUUUUAUAAGGCUUCAGAGGAGGGUGUUGUAUCUGAAAGGUUGAAUUUACAUUGCUAAGUUUGUUUUGAGAGCCUGCGCAUCUACAGUUGGCACAGUAAAGAAUCUCUAUGUAUUUCCAUCCUGACACUCUGAUGUACUGAUAGGAAGUCCUAAAGAUCUGAGCACUGAGUUCUGAUUCCCUCUAAUAGGGGUACGUCUGUGAUUUGAAAUCAAGAAGAGACCGUUAAAAUGAGGAUUGGACAAUCUACCUGCUGUGGUAAUCAACGUACAUCACUACUAUUUUUUUUCUUAAUAUUGAACAUGGGCAGACUUACCACAGGAUCAGCCAGGACAGCAGAGCAUUCUCAAACCUAAAAAGAAGUAAAACUUACUUUCUGAGUUCUGUA